CUUAGAUGGACUACGUUCACAUUUGGGUGGUUUAACACAACGUGUCAAAUCAUGGUAUUGGGGACGACCUCUUGAGUUGGCCACAAAACUCUCAAGAAGUUUCGACAUGAAGGAAGAAGGCGGCACUUUGCUGGGCGAAAAAGGUGUACGAAGACAUCAGUCCAUGCAACGACUAUCAGCGGAGCAACAGAACGGUUCAACGACUGAACAAACACAUGAACACAAUCCAAACGUCGUACCUGAUCAUAGAGGCAACUUACACAUUACUGUUAAGAAAACUAAACCUAUUUUAGGUAUAGCUAUCGAAGGUGGUGCUAAUACAAAACAUCCGCUUCCGAGGAUUAUAAAUAUCCAUGAAAAUGGUGCAGCAUUUGAAGCGGGCGGACUAGAAGUUGGGCAACUUAUACUGGAAGUAGACGGCAAUAAAGUCGAAGGUCUACAUCAUCAGGAAGUUGCUCGUCUAAUAGCCGAAUGUUUUGCAAAUCGUGAAAAGGCUGAAAUAACCUUCUUAGUUGUCGAAGCAAAAAAAUCAAAUUUGGAACCGAAACCAACAGCAUUGAUAUUCUUAGAAGCCUAACAUUUGCUUGCCCUGCCGGCUAGUGAUCCUUUGGAGCGACAAAAAUUGGAGUUCCUUUAUGAAUGGGGGAUCGAUUUAUCGACAUCGCCAAAACCAAUGCCAACACCAAUUCCGUUAACAAGAGCUAAAAAUCCACCACCACUGCCACAACACAAUACAAGGACACACUAUACACACAC